AUGUCGGCUUUGUACUUCACCUCGGUUCUAUUUUGUAUUUUCAUGACGGCUACUCAAGCUUGUUUUUCGUGUCCUUCCUGCCCCAAAACUGACCUUCAAAGAGAUUUCUGCGCGGCUUCGUUUGGUAAGUACCGUUUGUUUAAAGUUCCAACCAAAAAUUUCGAUAAAAUAUAAGUACAGGACGUUAUAUUAACAACUCUCUCAUAAGCUAAGACAAAACUGCGUUCGUAAAAUUUUGAUGAUUUUUGAUGGCCCGGAUUCAUGGAUAACAGUGUUUCUUUGCAUGUUUUAUCAGUAGCUUGUUGCUUUUUUCCGUAGCGUCAAUUGGCAUGACUGAGGCUGAUUUAGAAUUUCCCUCAAAACAUCAGCGUGUGAUGAAAAUGAGUUUACUGUCCGGUGUUUUACCUCAUUCUACUUCAAAGUCGUUUCAUAAUUAUCCACAUAUAAUACUGACCUCCAACUCUCUUAGAAUUCCAUUUUUGUUAAGAGGAUAACCGAAGAAGACAGAGCAGAGUGAUGGACGUUCUUUGAAUAAGAUUAUUCCCAAACUUUCGACGUCGUUUCCCUGAUUGAUUUCGGCAUUCUACCCUGAAGCCGAUACCACAGUAUUUGUGCUAACUGAAAAUCCAAAAGAAAGAUUUGUAUAAAUAGAAAUCUGUCAUUGCAAGUAGGUCUGAGUGGCCUUGGCUUGCUAAAAGUUGGAUGACAAGUGCACAGAUUAUGUUGAGGUCAGAGUAUAUUCAAGUGUAAACAAAACGAUGACAAAGGAAGUGAACAAAGACGACCAAGCUUUGUCAACUCUAGUGCGUGUUUUUCGUGUCUUACAUAUGUCGUUUUGACUCUAAGUUCACUCUAAAAACGGUCGGUAAUUUUGACCAAAACUUGCUUUGAAUUGUUGAUAAUGGCUAGUAAUCUUGGAGAAUAUAUGAUUAUCAUCUUUAUUCAAAAUCCUACAAAAACUCUUCUAAUGUUGCUAUUUUGCUCAAUGUUUAGUGUCUCAAACACUUUCCAGGCCUUGAAGUGAAAUAAGCUAAUGUCUUGUAUGUCUUACUUUUCCAGUGUUGCACGCCAAAGUUUUGUCAGGACCCACACAAGAAGUUACUCCAGAAGAUGGAGAACUAAAAAAGAUAGGCAGCUAUGAUCCACAUGACGUCUACAGAUUGAAGAUCAUAAAAAUAUUCAAAGGAGGAGAAAAAAUUACUCAACUACCAGGAAUUCAAUUUACCGGCAUUCGCAACGAGAGUAUUGUGAUCAAAUACCAUACUCCAGCAGCCUGGUGGAAGUUUUGUAUUCCAUCCCUGAGCGCUCUAGACCAAGGCCACGAUUAUUUGUUGUCAGGUUACAUCGAGGAAGGCAAACUUCGAUCAUCCUUCUGUAAUGUGCGUCGAACCUGGGAUAGUGUUACCCACAAGCAAAAAAGGGGGUUGAAAGGACAGUACAAUGAGAAAUGCGCACCAGUUCCUGUGGCAUUGUAG